UUAUUUGAUAAGCCACACGUAUAUAUAUAUAGAGAGAGAGAGAGCGAUGGGAAGUGAUAGUAAGACCAAUGGUAGUGGCGGAGGCAAUGGUGCCAAUGGACAGAUAUCGGCAUCGGUGAAGAAAGUGGUGCAGAACCUUAAAGAGAUAGUUAAUAACAACUGUCCAGACUAAAAAAUCUACGCUAUCUGUAAUAUGGACCCUAACGACGCCGUUCAACGCCUCCUCUCUCAAGAUACUUUUCAUGGGGUGAAAAGCAAACGUGAAAAAAGAAAAGAGAUGAAGAAGCCACAAGAACUAAAAGCUCGAGCUAGCAAUGGUGCAUCUAAUCCUAUUGUUAGAGGUGGCAGUGAACAUUCUUUUGGGCGGAGUAGAUCAAUAGGAAUCAGAUCCAACGGUAUAGCCUUUGGAGCAUGUAUGCAUUGGUGGCAAUAGUGUAAAAUUUUUGUUUUUUCUGGUAUUCUUAAUAUGACAUUCUGUUCCUUUUUGUAGAGUUUGAUAAAGCUACAUAUAGCAAAGAUAAUGGAUCAGUUGCUUCUAUUCCCUAUUCUGCUUCGUCCACAUUGCGUGCAACGAGACAAACUUGGAAUGACCAGUCUUUCCCUCAAAGGUUGGUUCUAUAAUGAAGGCAAAAUUGUUGCUUUUCUUUGUCAUGUGUCCUUGUUUGGUUCUUAAGUCUUAACAGAAUAUAAAUUAGUCUAGCUAACUGAUAUUUUUACUCGCAUAACUUUUUCAAUUCUCUUUCAUCUUAUAUACUUUUAAUGUGUGCUUGCUACUCAUCUUUAGAAUGCAUGAUACUCUAUUGAUUAUUUUUUCUUUCUUUUUUAUGCUUUUCUCAUUUCAUGAAUGGAUGCUGUGAUAUGUGUAACCUUGUUUUGUUUAUUGCUUGAUGAAAUGUUUACUUAUUCAUUUUGAACAUCUUAUAUUCUAUAGAGAUAUGAUUCUCCUACAUUA